AUGUUUUAUUUUACCAUUAUUGGUACCAGCGAUAAUCCAAUUUAUGAGGCAGAAUUUACCACAGCGAAGAACACAUUUCAGCCAGAGAUCAAAGAAUUGAAUCCAUACAUUGUCCAUUCGACAUUAGAUAUAAUGGAAUACCUACAAUGGCAACGGCAACCGCAGUUAGACAUAAAUACAAGCUCUGGAGGGUUCCUAAGAUCAAGGCAUAGUACGCAGGAGAAUUCGUAUUUGGGCAAAGUGGACAGUUUUUAUGGUUUAGCUGUGAGUGGAUUCUUAACGUAUGGGAACAUCAAAUUUAUCAUGGUUCAUGGAAAUGGAACAGUAGAUGAUACAGUAACAAGAUCUUUCUAUUACGAAGUCUACGAGUUAUAUUUGAAGACGUUGAUGAAUCCCUUUUAUAAAGUAAAUGACCCAAUUUCCAAUUCAGCAUUCGAUUCAAAGGUAAGGGUAUUGUCAAAACGACUAUUUGUUUAA